GUUACAAAAGAAGCGGGAUUGUGGUUGCGGCACUUUGUUUUAAUGCACGUGUAGUAAUUUUUGUAAUAAUAUUGAAUUAAAGUAGUAUUUUGUAAAAUAUAAAAUGGUACCGCAAACGAAAGUGUUCGUCGGUAGCUUGCCUCAGGGCUCCAAGCCCGAGGAAUUGCGAAAAUUGUUCGAGCGAUUUGGUGUUGUGACGGAAUGUGACAUCAUGAAUCGUUGCGGAUUCGUACAUAUGCAAACUGAGGAGCAAGCGUCUGCAGCUAUCCGCAGUCUUAAUAAUACAACAUUUAACGGUGGUGUCAUAACAGUAGAAAGAGGACGUAUCAAGGAGAGAGGUCAGCGCGGUGGUGGCGCCCGUGGCGGCAUGCGAGGAGGCAUGCGUGGAUCCAUGGAUCGUCGCGGCGGCGGACCAAUGCGAGGUGGACCACCGACCCGAGAUGCCCCGUACAUGAGAGACGCACGACCAAUGGGCCCCAUGCGUGGAGGCGACAUGCGAGGUCCACCCAUGGGCGGCGGAAUGCCGAUGCGUAACGGAAUGGGCGCACCACCGUACGAUAGGGGUAUGGAACGACCUAUGGGCGGCUACGACGACCGCGGCUAUAAUGGCUAUGGGGGCGAAGAUAGAAGAGGCUUCGCCUUGAUGGAUGGACGUGGCCGCGACCAGUACGGCGCGCCGCCGAUGUAUGACGACCGGCGGGGCUAUGGGACUGAGGACAUGUCGGGAAUGUAUCCAGACGAGCGGCGAGCGCCCAUGUACCCAGAUGAGCGCGACAUGAUGGACCGCCGGGCGCCCAUGCGUGGGCCUGGUCCCAUGGCACCGGCUUACGAGCGCCCGCCGCCUCGCGCCGCUCCCAUUCCCACUGCAGAUAUGUUCAGCAGGCGCUCUCCGCCACCCAUGCGUGGUGCAGCGGGGGUCGCAGGAGGUUACGACCGAGAUCCAUAUGCACAACAGUACCCACCAAUGGGACGGUGAGCAUUUUUAUAUAUUAUUUACACUUAAUGUAACUAUUAAGUAACUGCAAAGUUGCACAAUACAGCACAAUGCAAGCAGAUGUGACUUGUUUUAAUCACUUGGCAAUAUGAGUGGGUUAGCAAGCAACAAGCCAUUAACACAGGACUUAACACACUGUAUGUAACUGUCACACACAAUAUGAAGUAUAACUUGUGUUGUAUGUGUUAUAUAUGUCGUAGAGCCAUGCUGCAGCCUAUUGUAGCACGAAUGGGUCGGCUUGACAAGGGAAGGACACUCAGAGUACCAGUGUAAAAUAGCAACUUGAUGCUACUGUGAUUCUUAUGGUGAGAAUAGAGAUUGACCAUUUUCACUGGCCACAAGGCAUUCUAUCUUAGUCCUCAGAGAUGACAAUGCAUCUGCAUUUGAUUCUUAAAUGAGCAUAGAUGUAUAUGUUUAUGGGUCACAACAUCCAUCUAUCAUCAAGUAGAUAUUAUAAUGAUGACAAGCACACAGCUUGUCACCAUUAUAAUAUAAUUAAAAAAAAAACUGUCGACAUAAAUUAAUACUUCACAUGCAAAAAUAUUCUAUAUAAGAUGAUACACAGGUUUGGAAUAUUUAAAAAUAAUGGAUGUUAUAUAUUCAAAAUCUGUUUAUCUUUUUAGUUUUAAAUACUGAUAUUCUGGGAUUAGUAAGUUCCUCUGUUUGCAUGUAAGGUUUUGUUAAGAAAUUUGUGAUCUUGUACUACUAUCCUGAUAUUUGUUGCCUCUCUCAUUUAUACAAUAGCAUAGACAAAUAAAUACAAAUAAUAAAUGCAGUUACUUGAUAGUUUUUGUAUUUUUGUUCAAAAAAUAUAUCAAAGAUAUUGGCUGAAUAUAAAUACGAAAAUUUAAAAAUAGUUUUACUGUUUUUAUAAAACAUGCAAUUGCAAUGCAAUUAACAAAAAUAUUUUGUAAGUAAAGUACCAGCCUACGUACAUCUUUCCUGAUGGGCAUAAUCCACCUCUAAAUUUCUGAGGUUUUGAAGAGAAGAGUACACUGCACUGUGUCAAAUAUAAAAUGCAUGUUGGUGGCUUUUACAUUUAGUCAAAAUAUUUUAUAGGUUCACUAAUUCACAUAAUGCAUCUCCUACUUGAAAACAUGUUCUUAUAGAUAGUUUGAAUAUUGUCCAUGUAAUUUAUUUAGGAUCCAUUACAAAAUAAUAUAAAAUUAAUUAAAAGCUUUUUCUUAUAAUAGAUAUAUCCCAAGUAUUAUUCAUUUUAUAAUAUUUUUAAAGAAUACAAGCAAUACAAAUACUCCUGUAAACCACUCUGCAAUCUGCUAGGGUGGUAGAGCUCCUUUGUAUCUAAGAGUUUGUCUCGUUAGGUACCAACCUUUUACCUGUUUCUGCCACUAAACACCUGAACCUGCGCUGUUGUGCUUCGGUCUAAAGGGUAUAGAGAUAACACAUCUGUAGUCUUCUUUGUUUGAAGUGUGCUGUAGUUGCCACUUACCUUUAUCUUCUUUACAUCCUUUAUCACUUUACAAAAAAAAACGCAAGUCAGUUGAAAUGUAUGAAACAUUGUGCUAGAAGUGGCUUACAACAAUACUCCAAUGAAGAAACAAUAUAUCAAGGAGAACAUGGUUGUAUUUCCUGUUAUGUUUCCAGUCCAAGUUGCUGCUAAAAGCAUUAUGAAAAUUGAUCAUUUAUUUUCAGAAAUUGUAGAAACCUAUGACCUAUAUUAUAAGGUGCAAAAAUUUGUUUUAGGGGGAGUCACACGGGUUGGUAGAGAUCGUAACGAAUAUGUCAAUCGGUCUGCCUAGCCCCACUAGAUGAGUAGUCAGAUGCGUUAGACCACUACAUUUACGAUUUUUUUUUACUAUAAUAUAAACAUAAACCGGGAAAUGCACGGGUCGGUGGCGGUUAUUAGUUAGAGUAAUGCGUAUAAUGUAAGCAAUAGUUUUGAUAUAAAUGUUACGAGCAAGUAGUAUUAAUGUUUUAAGAGUUGACAAUGUGUUGCCAGUGUUCUUAAGCAGAACAUAUUUAUGAUCCCAUUCAUGUAAUUUUUAAUAUACGUUAGACAAUUACUUCCUUGAUAACCUACAAUAUCCGUUAAGGUUAUGCUGCGAACCAUUCACGUUAAAAUCAUAAUUAAGUUAGGUUAGUCUACGCCCACAGCUGAUAACCAUAGAUAGCGUUUUUUUUUUCGGUAUUUAGCAAACGCGACAUUUUUAUUAUUUAGUAUAGUGAGAUUUAUGAAGCUCGGGAGAUUAGACGUUAGGAUUUCACGCGAUGGUACAGAGCUGGAGGAGAGCAGGGGUUGUCGGCUGUGUCGCCCGUGCAUUCCCGUUUCGUUGAGAGGAUUUGAUUCGAACCCGGAAUUCGGAUUCGUCCUCGAACGCGAUCGCUCGUUACCUUAGGUGCGGUCAGAUCCACUUCAAUCAAAUUAUGUCAAAAUCAUUUUGUAAUUCAAUAAAUGAAGAUUUUACUCUAGUAAACGCGCGGUUUCAUUUCAUCCGCUGACGACGACGCCUGGCGAUCAGUUCUCCGCUUGUCCGAUGCGUUUAGAUUUAUAUAAAUUUUUGCUAAAUGAUAAGAUUCUAAAAUGUUUAAGAUGUAUUUUUAAGGUGUAUUAUAUUAUCGUUUAGAUUAAAUCCUUUACCAUUUAAUUUAUUUUUUAUUUAUGAACCCAUUAUUGACAUCAAGAUCUUUUAUUUGCAUGUUUAUUUAAGCAUAACUCUCUCUGGCUUCAAUUGCUUUCAAGGUUGCGGUUUUUUUAACAUAUGGGCUAUACUAUCGAAGGAAUUUAUUUAACUAGGCGUAUGUCUAGAUUUUUGAGCCCUUAAAAUUAAGAAUUUUAUAGGCUGUAAUGCGAAGCUAAUUGUCUGGUGCGGCGUACACGAGCGUAAUACGUAAGCACGUGCGAAGCCACCGACUGUUGAACGGCUGACAGUUAGAGCUAUGCGUUGCGGUGCGUUGAACCGCCCCGUAAUCUUGUAACAUUUCCAAAUUGUAUCUAACGUGCGCUUAGAGCGUCGACUUUCGAAGAGAAAGUGCGUGCGAGUCCUUUCAGACAGUAAGUAGCGGCUUCACGGUGCGAACUGCGGCGACACGUAGUCGAUGCGAUGUUGUGCGGACGCGGUACCGCAGUAUGUUAGUCGGCGACAGAAGACCAGGAUAACGUAAUGCAAUCGUAAGUACGGACAAACCCAAACGAGAUCGCGUGCGUUCGCUCGCACCUGUUACCUUCAUUACGAAUAAAGAAGUAAAUAUGUGUAGUAGGAGUAACCACUGCGCAGGACGGAGGUUUUUCAGUGCGACAUGUGAAAACACAAAUUUUUCAUCACAUGCCUAAAUUUAUAAUAUUUUUUUAUACAGUAUUGGUACAGUAUACGAUGUGCGCAUUCUAGAAUUGUUUUAACAAUUGUAUCGUUAGUCGGAUAUUCUUUAUCAAAAUUUCCUAAUAUAUAUAACAUAGGAAAGGAAUCGGUUAUUGUAUUGGCGCACGAAAAUUCAAUACAAAGUUAAACGAAAAAUGAAUUCUGUACUCUAUUCUAUACAAAUUCUACUGUAACGUUAGCUAUAUUACAUUAAAUGCUAUGUUAAUACAUAUAUUAACCUUUUUAUGUGUUUAACAGAAUCUGGCACCCUGGAUGAAGCACGGAGUGCGAGUUUGGAUUAAUCACAGUAUAAUAUUAUGCUAAUAAGUCCAGUAUUUAAAAAAGUCUGAAUUUUCAGGCUGUGAGGAUACCAGGUUCCCGUGCUCAGUAUGGAAUUGAGAUGUUAUUUGUAAUUACAAAGUGUAUAAUAAAUUUUUUUAUGG